AUGAAGUACGUCCGCUCCAUGGAAGAGCUUGACCAAGUCAAGCACGCUCUCGACAUUUCCGAGAUUGUCAUCGACCCUGACCUUGACAGAUCCAAGAAAAAGGGAAAGUCGAAGCAAAAGGCAAAGGCAAAGGAGAAGAUCUCCGGCGCCACCAACGACCAGACCAGUGCAGAGGCCCAGACCAAGUACACAAAGCCCCUCGUACUCAAGGCCAAAGAGUUCUUCAGGAUCUUGUAUCAUGCUGUCGAGGAUGGCCAGGACACCACCUACCUUGAGAAAAAGUAUUUCAGAUUUCCCCUCGACGCCGAAGAUGAGAUGUUUAUCAACAAGGAAGAUUACGAGUUGAUGAAGGAGUGGUCAGUCAAGUACAAAUUCGACGCCGCCACCAGACGCGUCCACGAGGUCGUGGGUGCUCAGACCAGAAAGAACAUCAACAAGGAGUACCACCUUCAAGUGGUGAAUCAUAUCUUCCAGGAUCUCUCGACUAUGCGCGACAAUAUUCGUGAAGACGUGGAGGACGGUGACCUCCUCAGAUACUACGAGAGUCUCUUCGUCGGCCUCUCGAUCCUGGUUUUGGAGCUUGCCAGAAGCGACCUCUCCUCGAAGACUGAUGAUGCUGAAUUGGAAUACGGUCUUGAGGUCGACUGA